AUGCUUUUUGAAGCACUGAAGAGGUCACAAGGCGAAUGCCCGUUAUUGAACAAAUACGGAUUUGGCGACAAUAACCCAUUAGAUGGCGUAGAAAAGUUUCCGACACCGGAUCCGGUACAAAUGCACUUAAAUACACUAAUGGAAGGAACAUCACUGUCAACAAACGCAAUCAUAACUUCAAUCACGAGUUUUAACACAGAAGGAAAAGAGCAUGGAAGUAUUAAGUCCCUUGUAAAGAACUUUAUCUUACCCGAAGCUGACAUGGCGAUUAAACAGAAACAGAGCUUUGAAAAAUGCAUUUAUACGGUACCGAUUAAACCGCCAAUGUCACCAUCUUAUCAAAGGAAAACUGUCAACGAAGCGAAACAGGCUUUUCUAAAUUCUACUUUACGACAGUCCAAAGAAAACAGACAAGAGUCAACAUUACACUAUGCACAAAUAGCAAUAACUACAAGUGAUGAUACGCGGAGUACAGGAGGAGGGAAAGACAUAAAUGCUAAACUAAACAAUGAAGAAAGGUCACUCCAUAUGGACAUUCCUGAUUCUGCAACAAAACAGCAACAAAGGAAAAUUAGUUUUAAAAUAAAAAAUGCAUCAAGCUUGCAUCGCCGCCCACCACUUGUUACAACAAUGACGAUAACAAGCAGUAAAGUCUCAGAGUUAACAAAGAAAUUUAAUAAUAUCGUUAAUAACAGCUCCUCAGGCGCUGCAAAGAAUACUAAACUGUUUAAAACCUUGGAAGAUUUACAAUCUGCGUGUUCUGCUAGUAAUAGUUCCACGCCGUCAUCCACUCUUAGCUCUAGCCCUAAUAUAAAAAUUGUCGUAAAGCACAGAAGGGGGUCAAAGAAAAGGAAUAGUAAAAAAAGAUGCUCAAGUAUGGAUUCUAUAGAUAAACUGGCAAUAUCUGAUAAUGGCUACAACAAGAUUCGUGUUUUACGUUCAAAAUCCGAUGGCAAUAGAAUUCCAAAAUCGCCCAAAAAGCGUUUAAAAUACUCAGACUCAAAUACACAAAGUGGAUCAGAUUCAGUGGAUGGAAGUCCAAACAAAGAUAAAAUUGGCAAACUUAAAGACACUCAAGUACAGACGAAUGCCGUCAAAAAUGUUAUUAAAAAAUUCCAAUGUGAAAUCAACGCCCAUUCAAGCCAAAGUUACACAAUAUCAAAGCAAAAAAAUCCAAUAACAACUGUUGCUUCACUUAGUAAUAGAGAAAAACCUAAAGUACCUGAAAAGAAAUCAUCAUUAGUCGUUACGAAAAACCUUGUAUUUAAAGAUGGAGUAGCUAAAAUUAAGACUGUUAAACCAGUACUUGAUGCAUCAAAACAAAAUUCAAGCAAGUCAGAGCCAGAAUUACCAAGAAGGAAAGAACCAAUUUACGACAGAAAGAAAUUUAAAACAAACUUUAUUCAUUCCGAAAAGUUACCGUUACAGGCUGUGGAAAUAAUACAAGAAGAAACUAAUUUUACCCCUUUGUUAAAUCAUAUAGAUGACAAAGGUGAAAACGUUGACACUGAAUCUUCUGCAGAUUGCUCUAUCUAUCAAGAUAUUGAAAAUCAAAUUACCCCUAAUGACUCGUUUUUGUGGAGGCGAAAAAGUAGUCAGACAUACGGUGAUUGUGAAAAAUCCGGUUCUGAAAGCACUUAUGGGCACCUAAGCGCUACAAUGAAGGAAUCGUCGGUAUCGGGUACUUCCCUUGAUAAACAAGGUUAUACCACCGAAGACAGUGAAUCUCAAAUUACCAGUAUUGAAGAAUCUCAACCAAGCACUGAGGUAAUAAAUUCCGAAUCUCAGUGUGCAUCUGAUUUUGAAAGUAAUUUAGUCGAAGCGUAUAACAAAGAAGUAUUAAUUGGUUUUUCUCCAAGACCACCUAAAGAAAUGGAGAUGGAAGAUGAUUAUGAACCCUUAGAACCUCGAAAUGAUAAUAUUGUAGUCGUCUCAGUAAAGCAUGAUAGAAUCUCAAAAAUUAACUGUCCUUUGCCGGAAAUACCGAAAACUGAAGAAAGUACGGUAGAGAAUAUAUACCAAUGUCUUUUGGAAAUGCGCUCGCACCCUGAAGGCGACGAAAGCAGUCUGCACAAUUAUGAAACCUGCCAGAGCCAGCUCGAAGAGAGAACUAGAGGCGACGGCGACAGUGAUGACGGCUAUGAGUAUUGCAAAUCUCCCGUCAAACCUUACUGCCACACAUCAAGUACUGGGAUUCAAAUAGCUGAAAACUACGAUCCCUUCGCUGCUAAAAAUUAUUCUAUAACGAAAUCCGUAAGCGGCGCCUCAACGGUAAGUUACGAGAAAAUAGGUUCAGACAGAAUUUAUGAAAAAAUACCUCUUCGCCCAUCAAAGUCUAAAGGAAGCCCGAAAAGUAAGAGAGAUUCGAUUAUAUCGGACUACAACGAAUCAGAGAACAUUUACGAUACAAUUAAACAUAGCGAUAAUGUCUCUUUGUCCCAUUGCUAUGAGAGCAUACCCAAUAGUCCGAAUAUGUUGAAGACGGGCAAUAUGAAGAAGCAGUUUUCCUCAGCCGCCGUACAGAAGCGGUUAUCGUUUGAUACAGUUUCGAAUAUAAGUCAAUCGACAGUGGCUAGUGAGCAAAAGACUAACAGUAUUUAUGGCCAAAGAUCAGUGCUAAGUUAUAAUGGUCAGGAGGUAGUUUUUCAAGUGCCGAGCAGCGAGACCAGCGUCAGUGAUAGGAGCGACAAGAGCGAGGACUGGGUCGAUAUAUCUGAUGACGAAAAAAGUGAAGAGAAAAAAAUUAUCAUUGUCCAGGAACGAAGCCGGGGUCGAAAAAGUCUCGCUUGGUCACAAAAAGUUCGAGAUCAAUGGCAAAAUUCACCGAAACAAAGCGAGGAUAAAGAAUGUGACAGCAGCGACUCUGGGCAUUUAUAUGAGUCCUUGGAGCCAGCGCCCGAGCCGGUGGCACCAUGUCGCCCUGCCCGACCCUCCCCUCCGGUACCAGUUCCCAUAGCGCCAAUAGAUGACGAUUUCGACUCUUUCGACAGCGACACUGACGAUGAAGAAUUUGAAAAGACACUUGAGGCACCGUCCCCGCCGAGUUUGCCUGCCACAAGGUUACCCACGCCUCCACACGGAGGCCAAUACACGUUGACAAAAAUCGCCAGCGCCGCGCAAAAGAAAAUGAGACAAAUUAAACGGAAUUUGACUAAACGAUAUUCAGUUGCCAUGGAUGGCAAAACAUUUAUAAAGUCAGCAAAUCAAACCUACGAUACACCAAAAAUUCAAUCGAAAACUCCCAUAUACGCCAACUACCAGAAACCUGAAAUACAACCUGUCUACAGCAACAUUAACUUCGAGAAGAAGCCUGAAAAACCACUAGCAAAAAUAACCGGGACGUUUAAGGAUGAAUUGAAAACAAUAAUAGAUAAGAAGGAGAAGACCGAGAAGCGACUCAGUGGUGGGGAUGUGCCACCACCCUUGCCAGACAAACCUCCGCCAGAGAGACCGAUCGCUCAGCCAGAAAAACCCACGACUCCACCUGAAGUCAAAAAGGACAGUGGCACUCUAUCUCGUAAAGCAUAUUUCUCCUUUAAGUCACGGUUUAGGAGAGCUACUUCAAUAGCGGUGGACAUAAAUUCCGAAGUGCCAAGCGCGUUGAAGAUUACGAAUUCCACAUUCUAUCUAACUGAUUCAAUGGAUGGCGAUUCUGGGUUCAGUAACUGCAGCGACAGUGGCGCCACCAACUCAGAGGCGCUGUCACCGACCAACCGAAGCCGCAGGGACGGUACGCGACUUCGACCUGUGUGGUCGGAAUCAUCUCCCUGCCUGGCUCUAGAACGACCCACUUUGCCACCUCCACCGCCUCCUCAGCACACUGACCUUAGCGCUGUCAACGAAGAAUUGAAGCGGUUGCUGCCGACCCUGUCGCGCAAAGAGAAAACCCCACGGACCAGGACCUCGUGGUACGCUGAAUGUGGUGCUGAUAUUUUACCUUCGAACACAUCUAACUCUUCCUGGUAUGCCGAAGCCGGUUUAUACCCAGCCGGGAACAUUUCUUCAUCAUCAGGUGCUUCUUCGGGGUCACACCCAGCUUCUCCGCGCUUACACUCUCUCUUUACCCACGAGCCACUGUACCAAUUCUACAACGCCGCCAAAGUUGAGUCGGCGUGUGGCGGUGAAUCUGACUCGGAUACAUACGAAGCCGGGGUCUCCACGGGCAGCACUCGGCCUUCAGCCAUGGCGCUAGUGGCACCCCGGGGCCCCGCUCGUACGCUCUGGUGUGAAGUGCCGGAAGUAUUGAACUCCGCUGUACUGAGUUCUCUUGCCCCAGCUCAGAAAAAGCUGCAAGAAGCUAAAUUUGAAGUGCUGACUUCGGAAGCGUCUUACCUCAACUCCCUAAAUGUCUUAGAAGAACACUUUAUCUCUCACCCAGCGUUCCGAGAAGCACACAUUUUAUCUAGAGAAGAUUGGGAGACACUAUUCUCUACAAUUUUACCAGUGCGCAAAUGUUCCCAAAUGCUGCUAGCGGAUAUGGAGCGAUGUUGGCAAGAGAACAUCCUCCUGGCCGGCAUUUGCGACAUCGUCCGCAGCCACGCGGAGCAGCGCUUCCACGCUUACGUGAAGUACUGCGAGAACCAGGCCCUCAUGGUGCGCACCCUGCAACGGCUGAGAGAAUCGCCCAAUUUCGCGACGGCACUGAAACGAUUGGAGAGUCACCCCGCUUGUCAGAGCUUGUCCCUUCAUUCAUUCCUGAUGCUACCGAUGCAGCGGAUAACCAGGCUGCCGUUGCUGCUCGAUGCUGUGCUGCGGAAUCUCAAUUCUGGAGAUGACGAAUAUGACGGUUGCAUGCACUCGCUUGCCACACUCAAUAACUUUGUCUCCCAAUGCAACGAGGGUGCUCGCAACACAGAGCGCCUAGAAGAGAUGUUUCGGCUCAGCUGCAUCAUUCAUUUCCCGCCAUCACUGCAACACGUCCCAAAUAUAGCGCCCGCGUGCGACCGACGAGAUCGAAAACCGGUGAGAUGGCUUGUACGGUCCGGUGAGAUGACACAUCUAGUGUGGAAAACGGACGAGUUGAAACUGACAUUUGGCAAGAAAUUUCACAAAGCUGUCUUGCAUCUCUUCCUUUUCAAUGAUCAUCUGAUUAUCACCAAGAGGAAAAGCGAAGACUUGUAUGUAGCGGUGGACCAUUGUCCGAGAUCGCUGGUCGACGUUUGCUCGAGCGAUGCGGCCGCUAACGCCAAGCACGCACUUCUACUCACCCUGCUGGAAAACCACGAAGGCAGAACAAUUGAGAUGCUGAUGUCAUGCGCGAGCGAGACAGAUGCACGGCGUUGGAUGGAAGCUCUGGCGCCUCCGAGCUGCCACGAAGGCGAGGCGGUUUACGCGGGCUGGGACUGUCCCCAAGUGGCGGCACUUUACGUCUACAGCGCUGCUCAGCCCGAUGAACUAAGCCUCGCUGAAGGGGAUAUCGUCAAUGUUACCAGAAAAACGAGUGAAGGUUGGUUCUACGGCGAACGCACUCGGGACGGUGAAGCUGGAUGGUUUCCAGGUUCCUAUACAGUGGAAAUAGCUUCGCCACACGUGCGCGCGCGCAACCUCAGACAGCGGUAUCGUCUUCUCGCACUCUCUGGGACUUAUUUGGGACAGAAGAAACGACCCACUUGA